UGGAUUAUUUGCACAUUCGUUUGUUUUGUUCAGGACGUGGAGGAAGGCGAGUGAGGAAAUAAAGCAGAAUAUGAAACAUCUGUAAUAGACCUUUAUGGUGUGGAACUUUUACAGAAUUAUGGCACCAGCACGCAGAAAACAGGAAGGAUUGUUGGCUAGGGUCAAUUUUCCACUAUAUACAUUACAAAUGUUAACCAGUCGUCAUGUGUUAGUGGGUGGCGGAGGAGGUUCUUCAAAUACUGGUGUUGCCAAUGGAUUUGAAAUUUUCGAGCUGUCUCAUGAUGGAGAAGGAUUUGUUGCCGAGGAGGUUGUACGCCAUGAAACUGGUUCCAGCGUUGUAAUGAAUUGUGCUUCCCACAGUAGUGGGCAUCGCACAUUUCUUGUGGCAGGACAGGAAAGUCACUGCCAACUUUAUCAUGUGAAUAUGGAAAUUCUUGAUUCAGAUGACAUCAGAUCGAACGAGGUUGGGGACAGCAAUGUUGUGAGACAGCGCAGCAAGAAGUCAGCAGUAUCAGACAGUGAAGAGAAAGUGGACAGAAAUGGCAACUCCUAUAAGCGACUUAAAUUCCAAAUAAAACCCAGUGAUAGCAUUCAGACAGAUUUUAAUGAGGAUGAGCCUUUGCAGCGAGUGGUGCGAAUUGGUCACUCAGGAAGGCUGAUGGCCACAGGUGGCACUGAUGGGCAUGUUCGUCUCUGGCAAUUUCCGUCACUAAGGAAGAUGAUUGAUAUUCCUGCACACAGUAAAGAGAUUGAUGAUGUGGACAUCAGUCCCAAUGAGAAGCUGGUGAUAAGUAUAUCAAAAGAUGGCCUAGCAAUAGUCUGGGAUGCUGAAUCUGGAAAGAAGGAGCAAGAAUUGAAAUGGACAGUUCCUGAAGGCUCCAAGUACCUCUAUAAACGAUGCAGGUUUGGCUUGGUUGAAGGAAAUGUGAACAACACUCGACUCUUUAUGCUGGUAAAUCCUGUGGGCCAACGAGGGAGACAGAAAGCAUUCCUACAGCUGUGGCUACCACAGGAUGGUUCAUUGAAGAAGGCUGUACCAUGCAAUGACAGCUUGUCAGCCUUGGCAGUCUCAGAUGAUGGGAGGUUCGUUGCUGUGGGCACUAUGUUCAGUGGCAGUGUUUCGGUGUACAUUGCCUUCAGUCUGCAGAAAGUGCUGCACAUAGAAGGAGCCCACAGCAUGUUCAUAACAGGACUAGAGUUCCUUCCUGUGGCAUCAGGAGGCUUACCAAUUACCAGCUCUGCCGAGGCUGCUGUUGUAAGCAUCUCUGUUGAUAAUCGCGUCUGCAUACAUAGUCUUGCCUUUAGAAGUACACUACCUGUCUGGCUCAUGAUCAUCCUAAUCAUCGUGACGAUGUUUUGUGCAUUCCUGCUGUGCAGCUUCCUGGGGAUAUGAUGACACAGAAUUUAGUAAACAAAAUGGAAUAGGUGCGAAACACAAUGCUGUAGUUGUCCUAUCAUUGUUGGAAGAUAGUAAUUGAACUGAAACUGUCUGAGGACAGGAGUACAAAACUGUGAUUCAAAACUUUUAAUAAAUAAGGUAAAAGGUUUUA